GUUCGAGUAUCUCUUUUUUUUUUGUCUCAGCAAAAAAGCUUCCCAAAGCGGCCAUUGUCGCCUCCCUGUAGAGCAUGCGGCCCCGACCUGCAUCAAACGACCCUGCUGCCAUUCCACCUUAUCUUAUCUCGGCAUCCCAACCGAACAUCGCUUUCGUCCACCCUGGCUACGACGGUGACUUUACCUCGGCGACCUUCCUAUCGCUUCCCCGCCUCGAUGACGGCGGUGUUUGUUUCGACACCGCCCUCGCCGCCUGUGGCCUCAUAGCCUGCAAUCAGUGGUCCGGCUGCUUCUCCACCGACAAGUCUGGGCAGUCACGCGUCGACCGGCCCCCGGACGGUAUCCUUCGAGACCACCCAUGCUACUACUUCCACCUCCCGGCGUCGGGAUCCGGGCUUACGGGCGACGCCUCCUCCGAUCCUACAUCUCUCUCAUUACCAUACCCCAUCAACCCUCGCUUCUCGGACUGGACCUUCCCUCACCAUGACCUCCCCGAGCACUGGACCCGCCUGCAGCUACAAACGAAUGCAAACCUCCCGCCCAUGAUCGUCGGCCAACGCGCCAGCUUUUGCGUCGCAACCAACUACUCCUACGGCGUCGACGUCGCGCACUGCGUCCCCUCCAACGAGCGCGAGUGGUGGGAUCUCAACCGGAUGGACUACUACGGCCAGCCCUCGAUGCUCCUCUUCUCUACGCAGCCCCAGGACGCCCCUGCAAACCUGGUGCCCCUCCGCUCCGACUUCCACCGCGUCUUCGACGAGCGCUACCUCUGCUUUGUGCCCAAGGUGGUUGAGAGUCCGGGUUCGGAUUCGCACGAGGUUGACAACGGGGACCCCCAACCCCAAACCCGCCUCCUGAUCCACGUCGUCGUCCCCUCCCCCAACGGCCAGAUCGCGGGUCUUUGGCACAACCGCGACCUGCACGCCCUGCCUCCUGGCCUCUCGAAGGAGUGCCUCUUUGCCCGCUUCGCCUACACGAUCCUUAGCCCGUUUGUCUUUUCCUCAGCUUUCCUAUCGGGAACCACUGUGCCCCGACGCCUCCGCAUCCGGGACGCCGAGACCCAGAUCCCGAGCGUUAGGAAGGUGGGCCCCGCCGACUGCCGGGGGAUCCUGGACGGUGGCCACGACGGACGUGAGGCCGGGGGGGAGCAAGGGCGUGAUGCUGCUGGCGGUGCUUAUGGGGGCGGACGUCUUGACGAGGGGGCGCUGUCCGACUCUCCCUCUGGGCUACUAGCACAGUUUGGCCCUGAUCCCGCCUAUGUGAUCGCUGAGGAGGGGGGCGGGAAGGAACGGGGGCGUGGUCGGAAGCGAACCUUCGAGGCCAGGGAUGACGAAGGAGAUCGUUCGCAAUCGUCGAGGCCUCGAGGCCGAAGGUUGUAACAACUGGACUGAUAAUAUCAAAAGGAAAAGAAAGGGGGGGGAAAUAAGAGGGGGAAAAGAAUAAAGAAAGGGAAAAAAGAAGAAAAAGAAAAAGAAUGAAAAAAGGAAAGAAAAGAGAGCCAAAAAAAAAAAGAAUGAACGACAAAAGAAGAAAAGGAAAAUAAAACGAAAACAAAAGAAAACAAAAAUGACAACUAACGUUA